AUGCAUGAUCUAAAAAUGGGAAAAUGGAGUGCAACAGUAGUGUUAAUGAUGUUGGUGAUUGUUGCGGCGGUCACGGUUGAAGCAAAACAAAAAAAAAAGAUUGGAUUAAGUGUUUUCCUGAAUGGUCAGAUUCAAAACAUUGUAGCAAUGACGACGAUAAUUGUCUUUAAAACUGCAAAAUCAAAUGUGGUGGCCCAAACCCACCUCAUGGUCUCUCUCCCCCUCCACGAAGCUGGCAUCAGUAGAAGAUCGUGGAAUGCAUAA